AUUUAUUUUUAGAUAUUUGUAUGGUGCCUUGAAACCGUUGUCAAUCCGUUUCUGUUUAAUAAAAUUUAUCGACCUUUGUAGCAGCAUAUAAUAAUAAAGCUGUUGCACAAUGCCUAUCAUACGGUUGGAAUCGUCCGAUAAGGAAAUUUUUGAUACAGACAUCGAAAUUGCCAAAUGUUCGGAAACUAUUAAAACGGCACUCGAAGAUUUGGGCGAUGAAAGCGAUAAUAGUGUGCUGCCUUUACCGAAUGUGAACUCGGCAAUUUUACGCAAGGUGCUCCAUUGGGCUACCUACCACGCCCAGGACGAUCCGCAGCAGGCACAGGAAGAUGAAAAUAAGGAGAAACGCACCGACGAUAUUUCAUCUUGGGAUGCUGACUUCCUAAAAGUCGACCAAGGUACCUUGUUCGAGCUCAUUCUGGCAGCCAAUUAUUUAAACAUUCAAGGCCUAUUGGAUGUUACUUGCAAGACUUGCGCCAAUAUGAUCAAAGGCAAAUCGCUUCAGGACAUUCGUGAGACGUUUGCCAUUGCCAACGACUUUACUCCAGCUGAGGAGGAGCAGGUACGCAAGGAGAACGAAUGGUGCGAAGAGAAGUAAAAGAAAAAAUUAAAUUGAUUAUGAUUGUAAAAAUAAAUUAAAUAAAUGAUUGCGCAUGUUGA